AUGAGAAUUGCUAUAUUGGCUCUGGUAGUUAUUUGUGCAGUAUGUGGUCACAAUAUGAGACAUAAGAAGAGGUAUGCCUUAUUAAAUAGACAAGCACUGUAGGAGAAGUUCAUGACUUGAGCAAUGAUGUUGGAGUGAUCAGCAAAUCUGAAGUGUAAGUAACACCACCUCUUACAAAAUAAUAAUUUUAAAUCAAUAAGGCUGCUAAAUCGACAACUCACGCCAUUGAAUAAGCACUUAAGCAUUCAACAGCCACAGCUUUAAUUGAAAUGGAAUAAUCUUACAAUGAUGAUGUGAUUGACAACAUUCCUUACGUUGAAGAAACCCUCGAUUAGAUGGAAAGUGCAAAACCAGAAGUGGUCUAUUCAAAUGAUGGCAAUUCACCAGACAUGGGUACCAGUGCUGAGAGCUUUGAAGGAUCAGAGGCCCCAAUGACAUCAGAAGAUAGUCAAACUACUCCCUAAGAUGAAUAUUAUGCCACUGAAACUCUCAUCACCAACGAAGAAGUCUCAUUGAUCCAAUUAGGGGAAAUCGAUGCACUUGCAGAUAUUGACACAAGCAUGCCCUUAUUUGAUGAAGAUUUCAAAAUUGAUGAAUAAGCCCUUCAAGAAACCCCAUUGAAUGUUGGUGUCAAUGAUAUUCCUGAAGUUCAAGCUGAUUCAAAUUAGAAUGAGGAGAUGUCAGCUGAUCUAGAAAGACAAACUAAUGAAAUCGUUGAGGCCUUGAUGAAUGAAUAGGACAUUAUGAUUAAUGAGGUUUAACUCAUCCAAGUUGCAGAUAGAGGAUUCUAUUGAUUAAUAUAUUCAG